GGUGGGGGACGUUCACAGGCGGUCUAGGCGAGGCCCAAGUUGCCCCCACCUCAUUCUGGGGAAACUGAGGACCAGAAAGGGCCCGCUACGAGGCCUCCUAUUAUGUAGAUUGCAGUGUGGGGGAGGUCCCGACUCCCCAGCACCGAGUCAGGGAGUGGCAAGUCUUGUGGGGCACGUUCGAGGCGGGUGGUUUCAGAGUGAGUGUGUUUGAACCCAAAGUCCGGAAACGGUUACUGGCUCCCCUAGGCCUGGCCUGUGGGGACCCCAACUGCCUGCGGCUGCCCCUCCCAAGUUCCUCCCUGCCAGAAGCAUCCAGGCCUCCAGCCUCCAACGUGCGGAGAACCCACCCGCAGCUUGCAUCUGCCCCUUUCCUUCGGGCACCGCGGGAGCCAGGCUUCCGGGGCCCCAGUCCCGCCUGUGUGAGCUGGAGCUCCCCCCACAACACCCCCAGGCAUCGAGGUCUCGUCUCCAGGGGUCCGGUCCCAGACCCGCAGGAAGCUUCCGGAGCGCAGCUGGAUCCAGCCUAUCCGCACCGGCGGCCAUGGCGGGCACCCUAGACCUGGACAAGGGCUGCACAGUGGAGGAGCUGCUUCGCGGUUGCAUCGAAGCCUUCGACGACUCCGGGAAGGUGCGGGACCCGCAGCUGGUGCGCAUGUUCCUCAUGAUGCACCCCUGGUACAUCCCCUCCACCGAGCUGGCGGCGAAGCUGCUCCAAAUCUACCAACAAUCCCGGAAGGACAACUCCAGUUCGCUGCAGGUGAAAACGUGCCACCUGGUCAGGUACUGGAUCUCAGCAUUCCCGGCCGAGUUUGACCUGAACCCUGAGCUCGCCGAGCAGAUCAAGGAACUGAAAGCUCUGCUGGACCAAGAAGGGAACCGCAGGCACAGCAGCCUCAUCGACAUCGAGAGCGUCCCCACCUACAAGUGGAAGCGGCAGGUGACUCAGCGGAACCCUGUGGGACAGAAAAAACGCAAGAUGUCUCUGUUGUUCGACCACCUGGAGCCCUUGGAGCUGGCGGAGCAUCUCACCUACCUGGAGUAUCGCUCCUUCAGCAAGAUCCUGUUCCAGGACUACCACAGUUUCGUGACCCACGGCUGCACUGUGGACAACCCCGUCCUGGAGCGAUUCAUCUCCCUGUUCAAUAGUGUCUCGCAGUGGGUGCAGCUCAUGAUUCUCAGCAAGCCCACGGCCCCCCAGCGCGCCCUGGUCAUCACACACUUCGUCCACGUGGCAGAGAAGCUGCUGCAGCUGCAGAACUUCAACACGCUGAUGGCGGUGGUGGGGGGCCUGAGCCACAGCUCCAUCUCCCGCCUCAAGGAGACCCACAGCCACGUUAGCCCCGAGACCGUCAAGCUCUGGGAACAUCUGACCGAGCUAGUGACAGCCACCGGCAACUACAGCAACUACCGGCGGCGGCUGGCAGCCUGCGUGGGCUUCCGCUUCCCCAUCCUGGGUGUGCACCUCAAGGACCUGGUGGCGCUGCAGCUGGCACUGCCCGACUGGCUGGACCCUGCCCGGACUCGACUUAAUGGGGCCAAGAUGAAGCAGCUCUUCAGCAUCUUGGAGGAGCUGGCCAUGGUGACCAGCCUUCGGCCACCGGUGCAGGCGAACCCUGACCUGCUGAGCCUGCUCACGGUGUCUCUGGAUCAGUAUCAGACGGAGGACGAGCUCUACCAGCUGUCGCUGCAGCGGGAGCCGCGCUCCAAGUCCUCGCCAACCAGCCCCACAAGCUGUACCCCACCUCCCCGGGCCCCUGUGCUGGAGGAAUGGACCUCGGCUGCCAAACCCAAGCUGGACCAGGCACUCUUUGUGGAACACAUCGAGAAAAUGGUGGAGUCCGUGUUCCGGAACUUUGACGUCGAUGGGGACGGCCACAUCUCACAGGAGGAGUUCCAGAUCAUCCGUGGGAACUUCCCUUACCUCAGCGCCUUUGGGGACCUCGACCAGAACCAGGACGGCUGCAUCAGCAGGGAGGAGAUGGUCUCCUACUUCCUCCGCUCCAGCUCCAUGCUGGGCGGCCGCAUGGGCUUCGUCCACAACUUCCACGAGAGCAACUCCUUGCGCCCCGUUGCCUGCCGCCACUGCAAGGCCCUGAUCCUGGGCAUCUACAAGCAGGGCCUCAAAUGCCGAGCCUGUGGCGUGACGUGCCACAAACAGUGCAAGGACCGCCUGUCGGUGGAGUGCCGGCGCCGGGCCCAGAGUAUGAGUUUGGAGGGGUCUGUGCCCUCCCCCUCGCCCACACACACUCACCAUCGCGCCUUCAGCUUCUCCCUGCCUCGCAGGCGAAGCUCCAGGCCUCCAGAGAUUCGCGAGGAGGAGGUCCAGACGUUGGAGGACGGCGUGUUUGACAUCCACUUGUAACGACGCUGUGACUGGACCAAGCACUCCUGCCUGCCUUGGAGAAAAGACCUGGACCACAGCAGGGAGCCUGGG